AGGAGGAGGCCUGCAGUCCUCAGAAGUUGAGCAAACAUCUCUCCGCUCCAUCCCAAUUCUGUUGGGACUUCGGGGCCUACCCUGUCCGGACCCGGGAGCUGGGAGGCGGCGAGACCGGUCUGCGCCCCCGAGAGGACGAGGUAAAGAAACACUUUGUGUCAUCCAGGUCUUCUCACCUACCAUCUUUUCACCAUCUGUCACCAGGUUUCAAGAUGCUGCGAGUACGUAGGACCGAGCUGUGCAGGUUGGGGCUCGGCCUCUCCAGGGGGCUUCACCAACAGCCUGUGAUGGCCCUGAGGCGGGAGGACGUGAACGCCUGGGAGAGGAGGGCCCCUCUGGCCCCCAGGCACAUCAAGGGGAUCACCAACCUGGGAUACAAGGUCUUAAUACAGCCUUCCAAUCGGCGGGCCAUUCAUGAUAAGGAAUAUGUCAAAGCUGGUGGCAUUCUUCAGGAGGAUAUUUCUGAAGCCUGUCUAAUUUUGGGAGUUAAAAGACCCCCAGAGGAUAAAUUAAUGUCCAAGAAGACUUAUGCAUUCUUCUCCCACACAAUAAAGGCCCAGGAGGCCAAUAUGGGCUUAUUGGAUGAGAUUCUAAGACAGAGCUUACAUUCCGGUGUGAGGAGACAGGAAAUCCGACUUAUUGAUUAUGAAAAAAUGGUGGAUCAUAGAGGAAUUCGGGUAGUGGCGUUUGGACAGUGGGCUGGUGUGGCAGGGAUGAUCAACAUUUUACAUGGAAUGGGUUUAAGGCUCCUUGCUUUGGGACAUCAUACACCUUUUAUGCACAUUGGCAUGGCUCAUAACUAUAGGAACAGCAGUCAGGCUGUGCAAGCUGUCCGUGAUGCUGGCUAUGAAAUAUCUCUGGGUUUGAUGCCCAAGUCAAUAGGGCCCUUAACAUUUGUGUUCACAGGGACUGGCAAUGUAUCAAAGGGAGCCCAAGAAGUCUUCAAUGAACUACCCUGUGAAUAUGUGGAACCACAUGAAUUAAAAGAAGUUUCUAAAACUGGUGACCUGAGAAAAGUGUAUGGAACAGUGUUAAGUCGCCAUCAUCAUCUUGUCAGGAAAACAGAUGGUACAUAUGAUCCCGUAGAAUAUGACAAAUAUCCUGAGCGCUACAUAACUCGUUUUAAUACCGAUAUUGCACCCUAUACAACUUGUUUUAUUAAUGGAAUCUACUGGGAGCAAAACACCCCUCGUCUACUAACCCGCCAAGAUGCUCAAAGCCUCCUGGCUCCAGUCAAGUCUUCAGUUGUCGGUGUGGAAGGCUGCCCUGCAUUGCCACACAAACUUGUGGCAAUAUGUGACAUUUCAGCUGACACAGGAGGGUCUAUCGAGUUUAUGACCGAGUGUACAACAAUAGAGCGUCCUUUUUGCAUGUAUGAUGCAGACCAGCAUAUUAUUCAUGACAGUGUUGAAGGCUCUGGGAUUCUGAUGUGUUCCAUUGACAAUUUGCCAGCACAGCUUCCAAUUGAAGCUACAGAAUACUUUGGUGACAUGCUUUAUCCUUAUGUCGAAGAAAUGAUAUUAUCAGAUGCAACACAGCCUCUUGAAAGUCAGAAUUUUUCUCCUGUGGUGAGAGAUGCAGUGAUUACAUCCAACGGUACAUUGCCUGAUAAGUAUAAAUAUAUCCAGAAACUCCGAGAGAGCAGGGAACUUGCUCAGUCACUUUCAAUGACUACCAAGAAAAAGGUCUUGGUUCUUGGAAGUGGUUAUGUAUCUGAGCCUGUACUGGAAUAUCUGUCGAGAGAUGACAACAUAGAAAUAACAGUAGGCUCUGACAUAAAGAAUCAAAUUGAACAGUUAGGCAAGAAAUAUAACAUUAGUCCUGUUAUCAUGGACAUUGGUAAACAAGAAGAGAAAUUGGUCUCCUUGGUGGCAACACAAGAUCUUGUCAUCAGCUUGUUGCCUUAUGUAUUGCAUCCUCUUGUGGCCAAGGCAUGCAUCACAAGCAAAGUUAACAUGAUCACUGCAAGCUAUAUCACACCAGCACUAAAAGAAUUAGAGAAGAGUGUGAAAGAUGCUGGCAUCACAAUCAUUGGAGAAUUGGGAUUGGACCCUGGUCUUGAUCACAUGUUGGCAAUGGAAACAAUAGAUAAGGCCAAAGAAGUAGGAGCCACGAUUGAAUCUUAUAUUUCCUACUGUGGUGGGCUUCCAGCCCCUGAAUAUUCAGACAAUCCUCUGAGAUACAAGUUUAGCUGGAGUCCCACGGGAGUCUUGAUGAACAUAAUGCAGCCCGCCACCUACCUCCUCAAUGGCAAGGUUGUGAAUGUCAAAGGGGGCGUCUCCUUUCUCGAUGCGGUUACUCCCAUGGAUUAUUACCCCGGACUAAAUUUGGAAGGCUACCCUAACAGAGACAGCACCAAAUACGCUGAGGUUUAUGGCAUUCCCUCUGCUCACACGUUGUUGCGGGGUACACUGAGAUAUAAGGGAUAUGCCAAAGCCUUGAAUGGGUUUGUGAAAUUGGGUCUUAUAAACAGAGAUGCAUUUCCUGCCCUUAGACCUGAAGCCAAGCCUCUCACCUGGAAAGAGCUCCUCUGUGAUCUAGUUGGGAUUUCACCCUCCUCCAAGUCCGAUGUGCUCAAGGAAGCCGUCCUUAAGAAACUAGGAGGGGACAAUACCCAGCUGGAGGCUGCUGUAUGGUUGGGCUUGCUUGGGAAUGAUCAGGUCCCUCGGGCAGAGUCUGUUGUGGAAGCGCUCUCCAAGCAUUUAGCCACAAAACUUUCGUACGGUCCCGGAGAGAAAGAUAUGAUUGUGAUGAGAGACAGCUUUGGAAUCAGACAUCCUUCUGGACAUUUAGAAAGUAAAACUAUUAAUCUCGUGGUUUAUGGAGACACCAAAGGCUUUUCAGCCAUGGCUAAAACUGUGGGAUUACCCACCGCGAUGGCAGCCAAGAUGUUGCUUGAUGGUGAAAUUCAAGCUAAAGGCCUGAUUGGGCCCUUUUCAAAGGAGAUCUAUGGACCAAUAUUGGAGCGAAUUAAAGCAGAAGGCAUUAUCUAUACUACACAGAGCACAACCACACUUUAAUUGAGAAUUAUUUUGUUUUUACCUUCUCAGGCAACACAGCUCUGAGCAUUUGUGCAACAACCAUGUUUGCUACUGUGCUGUUUUAAACUACAAAACAUGAUAUGUUUUUGAAUAAGUCAUUACAGUGAUGUUUUUGAAAUAUAAAUGUCUAUUUUAAUAUGAAAACAUUUGAAACAGGAAAUGCCAGUGAUAGAGAACUUUAAUAAUUCUACUAUGUAUUUUUUCACAUGUAUGUAGAAGUGAUAAUGAGUUAUUAAUUUAUUGUGCAACUUUUUUCCUACAAGAAUAUAUUUUCCUAUACUCAGCAGAUGCAGUUUUAUCUUUUUAGAUAUAAAAAAGUUUCCUCAAUAACAUAGCAAUGCAAAGGAUCAUAAGAGACUACUACAAACAAUUAUAUGCCAAUACACUGGAAAACCUAAAAAAUGAAUCAGUUCCUAGAAACAUACAACCUUCCAAGACUGAAUCAUGAAGAAAUAGAAAAUAGACCAAUUAUAAGUAAUGACACUGAAUCAGUAAUUUAAAAACUCCCCAAAACAAAAAGUCCAGGACCAGAUGGCUUCACAGGUGAAUUCUACCAAACAUUUAUGAAGAGUUGACACUUACCUUUCUUAAAUUAUUCCCAAAAAAUUAGUGAGGAAGGAACACUUCCAAACUCCUAGGAAUAGAUUGAGAGUCUAGAAAUAACCCUCACAUUUAUGGUCAACUGAUUUUUUAAAAGGGCGCUAAGACAGUUUAAUAGAGGAAAAUAGUGUUUUCAACAAAUGGUGCUGGAACAGCUGGAUAUCCACAUGUGAAGGAAUUGGAAAUUGGACCCUUACCUCACAGUCAAAAUUAAUUCAAAGUGAACCAAAGGCCUAGUUACAAGGGCAAACACCAUAAAACUUUUAGAAAAAGUCAUAGGCAUAAAUAUUCAUGAUCUUGGAUUGGAUAAUGGUUUCUUAAGUAAAUGACACCGAAAGCAUGAGCAAUAAAAGGAAAAAAAUACAUAAAUUGAACAGCAUCAGAAUUAAAACUUUUCUGUUUCCAAGGAUACCAUCAAGAAAGCAAAAAAAAAAAAA